UAGCCAAUAAUAAAUUCGGAAUAAUAUAAUCCCAGCCAAGCAAUACAUAAUGUGGGCAAAAAAUAAGGAACACUAUAUUUACGUGAAAAGCCCUCCAUGAAGAUCGAGGAAAAACUAGUACCAUGACAGUCUGUUUCAGCUACAGUAACUCUAAUACAAUGAAACUCUAAUAUUUCAUUUGGUAUGUAAUUGAUGAAGGAAAAAGAUCUCACAUCGUUAAUUUGGAUUUUAAAUGCAUUUUCUCAAAAAAUAAAAUGUAACAACACAACAUUAGUCCUCAAAAAUAAUAAUAUGUCACAAUCCAACUAUCCUUGCAUAAUAUUGUAAUACCAACUAAGUUCGAAGAAUUGAACAUGAGAAAACAAGCCUCAAUUUCGAUGGUGAAGGCCCAUGCCUCCAAAUCACCAUUGCAACAAACUCUCCCUCCCCAUAAUACGAGCUUCCUUUCCAUCCCAACAAAGUAAUGUGAUAAUCUCCAACCAGAGAAAACUUGUAACAACAUUUCUGGUUACUUCACUAGCUAGCAGCACUAGGGUUGCACGGCACCGCAGCAGCAGCAGAGAAUUGGGUGGGGAACAGUUUUUCGAGCCUGGUUUGUCGCCAGAUGAUGCUGCGGCAAGAAUUAAACAAACUGCUGAGGGGUUUCAUAGUAUAAGAGACAUGUUGGAGAACAUGUCAUGGAGGUACGUCAUGUUUUACAUUCGACUAAAGCAGCUUAUCUUUCUCGGGAUUUGAAGAAUGCCAUGCGUACAUUGCCCAAAGGCUGAAAGGAAGUAUAUGUGAGAACCGCAGAUGAUUGGUCGAUAACAUGGCUGAGGUACGGUCAUAGCUAUAGUCUUCAUUGCAUUGAAUUAGUAUUAUUUUUACAUAUGAAAUUAAAGUAAAAGAGAUUAUAUUGCUUGUAAUUUCAAGCAUGCUUUUUCUUAAUUUUCCUUGUUUGUUUUUUUCGUUCACACACCAACAGUACACGAA